GAUGAGGAGGAGGAAGAAGAGAAGGAGAACGCGGUUGAGAAAGAAGAGGAGAGAAAAGAAGAGGAGGAGAAACAAGAGGAAGAGGAAAAGAAUGAUGAGGGGGAGGAAGAAGAGAAGGAGAACGCGGUGGAUAAUGACGAUGUUGAUGUGGAGAAAAAGUCCCCUGAGUUUGCGCAGCAGGUGGUGAACACUAAGGCGGUUGAUGAGGAAGUUCUUUGUAUGGAGAAGUCCCCGGAUGGUGAUGGUGAUGAAGCGAUCGAGGAGGAGGAUGAUGAGGAUAAUGUUCCACUACAAACACGACGUUUGAGGUACUUGAGCAAAAAUGUAAGUUCACCCUUUGUGAACUUACAGCAGAAGGACGAAGAGGACAAAUUGAGCGGCGCCUACAACAAAUGGAUGCACACUAAAGAUGACGCUAGGCUAUUGAACGUUGGGCAGUCACCUAAGUUCUUACGUGGACGAGAUUACUUUGAAUAUAUUGAGGGCUUUCGGAAAAGUCUUUCUCAGAUUCACAUUGAUCCAUUUCUUGAGGCAAUUUCCCGAAGGUUGUAUACCAAAAAGGGAAAGGCAACAAUUUCUAGCGCAAUGAUUAACAUCCAGGACGCAACUCUAUUUAGCUUGUUGGAGAAUGAGUGGCGUAAGCUUGGUUGUCCUUAUAAGAAGUGGAAUGAUUCUAACGAGUGGAAGGCACCUCAGGGCAUUGUGAAAUAUGUUCGUGGUAAAGCUGUUGGUUGGGGUAAACCUUGGCUUCAAAAUUCUAAUGUCGUCUUGGUAUGUAAUGUGGGGGACCACUGGAUGGUAUGCCGUGUGGUCUUAGAAAAGCGGGAGAUCCAUGUCUACGACUCGUUGGCCCACAAUUCCGAGGACAUUCUUGGUCGAGAAGAGACAUUGGCCCCUCUCACCCACUUGCUGCCACCGUUAUUGCAACGUUUAGCUAUUUUUGCACUUUGGAAAACUUGGAUGGUUGCA